UUUUGACAAGUGCAGACACCAAUGUGGUGUAGUUGAAGAGUAACCACUGUCGCUGUCCGCUCGGAGGCGUGUGGUGUGUGUGGUGGACACAGAGUUUGGGACUUUUGCUGAGUGGAACGCACAGUUUGCGCGGCACCAUGGAGGACGUGAACGGGUGCGGCGGCAAUGGGUUCGUGCUGCAGGAGACGUUCUACAUCCUGUCGAAAAAGAAUACAGUGUAUCGCGUCAAGCUGUCCGAGAAGGGCCUCAGCUUGGCCAAGGAGACCAACGGCAACACCAAGUCCGAGACCAUUAGUCUGGACGACAUCAUUGGCUGCCGCUGUAUGAGGAGCAAGUGCAAACCUGGACCGUCCUGUGUGUGUCGUCCCAGUGGCAGGAGGGCUGUUGAAGAGCCAGAGAAGGAGGAGAAGCUCAACACUCAGGACCCGAAAGACAUCAGUGCUUAUCUUUACAUCUAUGCGUAUGUUCUUAAGAAAUACAAAGUGACAUCUGGAGUCAAGAGAGAAAGAAUGACAAUCACACUGCGCUUCCGUUCCUUUGACAAAUUUGAGGAGAAUAUGCGUGAAGCUCAGAAGUGGAGGCUAGCGAUCAAGUGCCUUAUGAAGGGUACCCCGAUUCCUCAAUCUGUUCUAAACUCGGAUGAAAACUCAAUUACCUCAUCACCAGGUGGCACGGAGCGCAUCUUGGACGAGCGCAAGGUGCUGGUGCUGCUGAAUCCCAAGAGCGGCCCCGGCCGUGCCCGCGACGUGUUCCAGCAGAAGGUGGUGCCGUUGCUGCUCGAGGCCGAGUUGGGCUACGACCUGCACAUCUCCAAGCACGCCAACUUCGCGCGCGAAUACGUGCGCACCAAGGACAUCUACCAGUACCGCGCCAUCAUCACCCUUGGCGGCGACGGGAUCAUCUUUGAGGUUGUCAAUGGCCUCUUCGAAAGACCGGACUGGAUGUCUGCGAUAAAAGAAGUUCCAAUUGGUAUUAUACCUUGUGGUUCGGGGAAUGGUCUGGCAAAGUCGGUGGCAAUUGAUGAUUCAUACGAUCAAAACCCAGUUCUAUUUUCAACACUAAACAUAUUGAAAGGAAAUUCAACUCCUUUGGAUUUGGUUCGAGUAGAAACUAGAUCAAAGAUUAUGUACUCAUUUUUAUCAAUAGGGUGGGGUCUUUUAUCAGAUAUCGACAUUGAAAGUGAGAAGCUUCGUGCAAUUGGUGGGCAGCGCUUCACAAUUUGGAGCCUGGCAAGGUUAAUAGGACUGCGCACUUACAAGGGUCGUAUUUCAUACCUGCCUCAUCCAAAUCAUAAAAGCCCAGUGCAAACCACUGUUUCUGGUCGCACUGUGUCACUGACCCGAAGUGCUAGUCAAAUGGUUGACCUUGACCCCAUCAGUGAAAAUGGAGUAGGCUUCAUGACGCCAAUGCACACAAGCCAAAGUAUGUUCAGUGAUAUUGUUGAUCCUGACAGUCCGCUCCGAGACCUCAGUUUAGAGACAGCCUAUGCCAAAAUUGCUGAGGAUAUGAGCCCAGUUGAGCAGCGGUCUCGAAUGGAUAGUUUCUACUCUGUCAAUUCUCGACGAAGUACCUUCUAUUCAAUAGGAGGCUCCAGUUUCCAAUCAGUUUUUGAUCCCAGCUGUGAUAAUCCCAAUGGGAGUGUCAAUGUACAAAUGUAUGGCCCUCCCUCUCAAUUACCUUCACUCACACAGCCUGUACCAGAAUCCUGGAAAACAAUAGAGGGAGAAUUUGUCAUGAUGCACUCAACCAAUGUUUCUCACUUAGCCAAGGAUUGUUUAUUCGCCCCCGAUGCUAAGCUGAGUGAUGGUAUCAUAUGGUUGGUUGUCAUUGAAGCUGGUAUUUCAAGACAUCAACUUUUGCAGUUUUUGUUAGGACUAUCUCAUGGAACUCAUCUGAACUGUCCUCAUGUUAAGAUGUUACCUGUCUUAGCAUUCCGAUUGGAACCCGAAACUGAUGGUAGUUAUAUAACUGUGGAUGGCGAAGUUGUGGAAUAUGGACCUAUUCAAGCAGAAGUGAUGCCUGGACUGGGGCGCAUUAUUUCACGCUGAGGAGAUUGAACAGUGUCUUGCCUUGUCUUGUCUUCUUUCCUGGUAGUGUCAAAGUGACCUAUUUCUUCUUUGCUCAUGUUUUGUGUUUAUUUUAUCCAAAAAAGAAAUGUAAUUUGAGGGUUUGGAAUGUUGUUCUUUAAUCCUCAAAUUUCACAAAUGUUAUAAUUUUAUUCCAACACUAUAGCUAAGAAUGACCAGGUUUUGGAUUACCUUACUGCAUUAUUUUAUUUUGGGGAACCUCUUUCUUUCCUGUGUAUUUUAUUAUAGCAGUGACUGCUAAUAAUGUUUGUUUGUUAUAAAAAUGACAUGUUGGAUGUUGUAGAAGAUCCUUAGAUUAAAACAAAGCCACUUCUACUUGGGGAAAUCUAUGAUCUUUUAGUGUUUGUCUUCCAAAGAUAAAAUUAAUUUGAAUGGAACAGGAUAAUUUCUGUUUGUAAAACAAAUACUUUUAUUUUGUGUGCUUCUCAAAGAUUGCGCAUUUGAUUUUACUGGUUAGUCAUGUUUAAAGCAUCACAAAGUUAAUCAAAACAGCUGGUGUGGCAUUCCACUUGAAACCACAUUGUAUGCCUUAUUUUCUCCAUACUUCCCAAGGAAGUCUGUCAGAACUAAUUAGUAUUGGAAAUUCAGUAUCUAGCUGUUUUUCCCUCUAUGACAUAUCUGUGAAAGUUAAGCUGUGAAAUUUGUUUCUAAUUCCUGCUAGACGAAGUAACAUUUGCAUUCCAAAAGUUGGGGAUGUUGAAAUGACCAGUAUAGCCAGCUCUCUUAAAUUAAGCAAUAAAGUGUUAGGGGUUUGAUCUUUGAUGCCCUCAACUUGAUUUUCCUGUUUGUUGUUAAUUAUGUCCAAUAAAAUAUUUAUAUUGAUUGUUGUGUAAUAGAACUUUAUGCUUGUUGAAAUUGUUUAAAGUGUUACCUUUAGCAUAAAUUAUCUUUUCUGUUUAAGAUUAUGUUAUGAAUACUUCCAUUUCUCUAUGUAUAGUUUUCUUUGUGUCUGUUGUUACUUUUAGACAACUGUACACCUAUGAAAGAUUUUUUGUGAGGUUGUGGUUUUAUAAAUAAUUGCAAUUGAAAAGUUUUAACUUGUGCAUGGGCCAAUUUAUGCAUUUUAUUAAUAUUCUUGUUCUUGUCAUAUUUUAUUUUUGCACAAGCUAAACUAGAUGUAUAUUUUCCAUAACUAAAUUUCUUGUUCUCGAACGGGGUUCUUGUUAUUUUGUGAUAGCUAUGCCUUUUGUUGUAUAUAUUUGUAAAUUUUCUUAUAUUUUUAUCAGAAAUUUGUGCUCAAAUGAUGACUGUGCCAUCUGUGGGGAAUCACAAACUAAAAGUUACCACCUUGUUACGUCAUUACACCUUUUUUCUGCUCGAAUAUAACAAAUAUGUACCUUUUGUAAUGCAAAUAUCAUGUGAGGUUGUGUUAUUUCUCUCCACAUAAUUUUUCAAGCAGUGCGAAAAGGCUGUACCUUCUCUGUUAAUUCUUUUUUCAACAGUCAGCUGCUUAGUGAUUUUGUAAUUUGUCAAAUAAUCCAUGUCAACUUGAAAUGUGAGGACUUUUUGAACAACUGACAAUUUUGUGUACCAUAUUUCAAUUGUCUCAAUUAAAAUUUGGCAAUGGUGGGUCCAUUUCCACUCUUUUAAAAUCCCAUCCUUUAUUAUUUAAACCCAUCUUUAGGCUUAGGACAGUAUAGAAAUGUUGUUAAAUUAUCUGUUUUUUUUUUAAUAAAACAUUUGUCAACUAUUGGACUGACUA